UUGCCACAGGUUUGAGAGGUAUACGAAGAUGUUCUCACUUCUCAGCAGUUGGAAGCUUCGCAAGGACCCGCCAAAAUGCGUAUAAUAUCUUCCUCCUCCAUUACAACCCCUCUUCUCUCACUACCUUCAUCUCUUCCUCCAUCAUCGAUCCCCAAACCCCACAAUAUUCCCUACGUCCCCAUCGGUCGCCGGCACCUGCUCACUGCAGUCACAAUCUCCAUCUCCAUCUCCGUCACCCCUUUCACACCUCCUCAGCUCAAUUCUCUACUCCCAGUGUUUGUACCAGUCGCAGAUGCCCGUGGCCUCUUCCAGAUGCCUCCAUUUCGUCUCAGCAAUAGGUAUUUUCUUGUGAGGGCUGGGGAGUCUGAGUAUGAGAGCUUGGGAAUCAUUAAUACAAACCCAGUUGCAAAGACUUCCGUGGAUAGCGGGUUGUCGGAAAAGGGGAAGAAGCAGACUCUGAGGGCUGCUUUUGAACUGAAGGCAAUGGGGGCUUGUGAAAAUGGAUGUUGGAUUUGGCCUUCUAUUACUCAGAGGGCUUAUCAGGCUGCGGAGAUUAUAGCAUCGGUUAAUAGGGUCAGCCGAAGUUAUAUUGUACCAGAGUACAGCUUUCUAGAUGCUCGUGGAUUGGGAGCGUAUGAAGGCAAAAACUUGGACUCUGUCUCUGAAGUAUAUGCAUCAGAUAGUAUCUCUACUAGAAUAAAACCUCCUCCUAUUGACGAUGGAACCCCAAACGAAAGUGUUGCAGAUGUGUUUGUUCGCGUAACACAACUCAUGUCAAUUCUUGAGACCCAGUAUUCUGGUGACACUGUCAUUAUCGUCUCUCCAGACUCUGAUAACUUGACAAUCCUACAAGCUGGUUUGGUUGGACUUGACCUACGAAGGCAUAGGGAUCUUUCUUUUGCUCCUGGUGAAGUCCGAUUUGUUGAUGCUAGUAGUAUCCCUACUUACAAGCAACCUGCCUCUGCCUUAUAUAAAUAUCAUCUACUUGUUUUCUAUUGGUUGUUCGCCAUCACUUCUGGAGACAGUCAAUCUGGGGUACUGUCCAACCUGGGUGAGAGGUCAGCACUGAAUAUAGCAACUCAGGUUGCAAUACAUGCAGGCUUAAGGUGCCUAAGCCUUGGCGCCCAUAAUUAUGGUACAAGGGAGGGCAUCUUAAGGAAGAUGAGUUGUGGUGGCUUCCUGCAGGGAAAGGGGUGUUCUCUAUUCGCUCUUUCUAUAAGGUUCUCACACAAGUUCCAGAGAUACAGUUUCCCUGGAAAAGGCUUUGGCGUCAUAAGGCUCCUCCCAAAGCCUCUUCCUUUGUGUGGGCAGCGUCUUUGGGUAAGAUUCUCACCACGGAUAAUUUAAGAAAGAGGAGGAUAAUUAUUGCAUAUUGGUGUUGUAUGUGUAAAAGCGGGGGUGAGUCGGUGAAUCAUUUACUUUUACACUGUGAGAUAGCCAGGACUCUUUGGGACGAGGUGUUUAAAAGAAUGGAUUUAGCGUGGGUUAUGCCGAAAACAAUUUUGGAUGUAUUGGCGUGCUAGACUUCAAUUCGAGGGGUGAGACAGAUCAAAGCAGUUUAGAAGAUGAUAUCUAUUUGUAUUAUGUGGUGUUUAUGGCAGGAACGCAAUGAGAGGACUUUUGAAGACAAAGAGAGAUCUUUGGAGGAGCUAAAACUGUUAUUCUUUAGGA